AUGCUGUCCAUUGAGGAAAUACUAGCUCUCGCGGAGCCUAACGCUGAGUUCACAGAGCUUCAACGGGCCAGCCCAAUCAAGGUCGGCGCAUGGGACAAGAAUACGGACCUCAAACAGAUCCGAGGCAUCAUGGCCAAGGUCCUCGAGGCCAAACUCGCGGCCAAACCCAACCCGUCCACCCUGCCCUACGUCGAAGAAGACGUCCGCAUCACCGUGAGAGAUAGGACAGCAAUUGCCGUUCGCAUCCACAAACCCAGAGCCGUCGCCAAUGAUGGCUGUCCUGUUCUUGUAGCGUUCCACGGUGGCGGGUUCGUCAUUGGCGAUCUGGAGGGCGUGGGUCCCCUCUGCCAGCUCUUUACAACACUCGGUGGCAUUGCAGUGAACGUGGAUUAUCGUUUGGCUCCAGAGCACCCCUUUCCUAUCCCCGUGCAGGAUUGCUUCGAUGCUGUGAAAUGGACCGUCGAUAACGCGAAAAACCUUGGAAUUAAUUUAUCGAAAGGCAUUCUCGUCGGUGGCGAGAGCGCAGGCGCUGACUUGGCGUUGGGUGUAACCCGCCUUUGGAUCGACGAGAAACAGACGCCAGAGCUGACGGGCAUAUUCUCGUCCAUCUCCGGAGCCGUCACCGAAGACACCGUUCCCGAAACGUACCGAGAUCGUUUCUUGAGUCUGAAGCAGAAUGCUAGUGCCCCAGUCGUGACCGCAGACUCGAUCGAGUUUAUCAGAGCAAUGUACAAGCCGGACCCGAGAAGGCCGGUGGCGUACCCUGUCAUCUCGCCGGACCUGAUUGGCAUCCCUAGAACGUACUUCCAGGCUUGUGGGCUGGAUCCCGUGCGAGACUGCACGCUUAUCAUGGAGCAGUCUCUUAUCGAGGAAGUUCUCAUAUUACCUGGCUUUGACCCCUGUAAGCUCCAAACUCAAGUGGUGCCACCCCUGCAACCUCUCAACGCGCUCUCGCCCGCCAGACGCGACGGACUAAGUGGAAGGAAAUCUGGGGGUGGUCGCCUCCAAUUGACAUCACCAACGACGUUCGAGCCUCCCGUCUACCAUUUCGCAUCGUCACCCAACACCCCAAAAGAGGCCGCCAGCUCCCGCGAGCAACUCUGGUCCAAUAUGGCGCCCAAGUCGAAACCGCCCGAAAAGAAGCAGCAGUCGCUCACAAACUUCUUCCAGCCAAAAACGGUCAAUGGCCUAGCCGCCGCCUUCCAAAAGUCGCAGUCCGAAGCACGAACGAGCCCGCCCGAGUCGCCGGAUUCCUCGCGCAAGCGCCCCUUGGAGGAGGACACGGAUAGGGGCAAUAAUGGACCCGACAAGACCAUCAAGAGAGCAAAGGGUGAAAAGGGGGACAAGACCAAUGCUGCGGAUCAGGGCAAGAGCUCCUUCUUCACUCCAGGAACCAAGCCACCCGCCGAGUCUGAGCCCAAGUCCAAGGCAUCUGCAGCUUCCUCUAGGACGGGACGGUUCGCCUACAGCCAGGCUUCAGACGUGAACGAGGAGGAGGAUGAAGAGGAUCAAGACCCAUCCAUGAAGCAGCGCAAGGAGGAGUUACACAAGAAGUUCGUCAAGAAGCUGGGCCAUCCGGACAGCAUGCUAUGGCGGCGCCGGAGGCAAGAUGACAACGAAGCCGCUGAUGAGGAGGAGGGCGAAGGAGAAGAAGACGAGGACGAAGCUCCGCCGCCGCCCAAGGCGAAGAAGGGCGGUGCAAGAGCAAACAAGAAGCUCACUCCCAUGGAGAUCCAGUUCCUCGACAUCAAGCGGAAACAUCUGGAUACAGUCCUCAUCGUAGAGGUGGGCUAUAAGUUCCGGUUCUUUGGUGAAGAUGCCCGCAUUGCCGCCAAGGAGCUCAGCAUCGUGUGCAUACCUGGCAAAUUCCGCUACGACGAGCACCCCUCUGAAGCACACCUGGAAAAGUUCGCCUCUGCGAGCAUCCCGGUACAUCGUCUGCCGGUUCACGCCAAGCGUCUCGUUGCUGCUGGUCACAAGGUCGGCGUGGUACGCCAGAUUGAGACAGCCGCAUUGAAGAAGGCCGGCGACAACCGCAACGCCCCAUUCGUUCGGAAGCUGACCAACGUCUACACAAAGGGCACAUACAUUGACGAGAAUGGCGAACUUGAAACGGGUGGUGAUGGUGGCGCUCCUUCGGGUGGUUAUCUGCUCUGCAUCACCGAGACUCCCACCAAGGGGCAGGGCACCGACGAGAAGGUCGAUGUCGGUAUAGUAGCCGUACAGCCAACCACGGGCGACAUCAUCUACGACACAUUCGAGGACGGCUUUAUGCGCAGUGAAAUCGAGACCCGACUGCUGCAUAUCUCGCCGUGCGAAUUCGUCAUCGUCGGCGACCUUACAAAGGGGUCAGACAAGCUGAUCCAGCACCUCUCGGGGAGCAGCACAAACGUAUUUGGUGAUCGCAGCCGCGUCGAGCGUGUCCCUCGAACGAAGACCAUGGCCGCCGAGGCCUACUCUCACGUCACACAGUUCUACGCCGACAAGCUACAGCAGACCCCCGAUGCCGAUGCCUCGGCUCUCCUGGAGCGCAUCCUUCACCUCCCCGAGCCCGUCACCGUCUGCCUCUCCGCCAUGAUCAGCCACCUCAAGGAAUACGGCCUCGAGCACGUGUUUGACCUCACCAAAAACUUCACCAGCUUCUCCGCGCGCCAGCAUAUGCUCCUGAACGGAACGACACUCGAGACUCUCGAGGUCUACCGCAACGCUACCGACCACUCGGAGCGCGGUUCCCUCUUCUGGGCUCUGGACAAGACCACUACCCGCUUCGGCCAGCGCCUCCUCCGCAAAUGGGUCGGUCGGCCUCUGCUCGACGUCGCCCGCCUCGAGGAACGCGUGGCCGCCGUCCAGGAACUCGUUGACGAACAGUCCUCCACAAAAGUCGACCGUCUGCAAACACUCCUCGCCGGCACAAAGACCGACCUCGAGCGCAGCCUCAUCCGUAUCUACUACGGCAAAUGCACCCGCCCUGAACUCCUAUCCGUCCUCCAGACCCUCCAACGCAUCGCCAUGCAAUACCCAACCGUCAAAUCCGCCAAGGCAACAGGCUUCACCUCCCCCCUCAUCGCAUCCGCUGUCCUGUCCCUCCCCCAGAUCCUCGACCUCGUCGUCUCCCACCUCGACAAAAUCAACCCCGAGGCCGCCCGCAAAGACGACAAGUACAACUUCUUCCGCGAAUCAGAACAGACGGAAGACAUUGAAGACCACAAAAUGGGCAUCGUCUCGGUCGAACAAUCCCUCGACGAGCACCGCGGCGACGCCGCCGCCUCCCUCAAACGCAAGAAACCCGUCGACUACGUCACCGUCUCGGGCAUCGAGUUCCUCAUCGAGGUGCCCAAUACGGACCUCAAAUCCGUCCCGGCCUCGUGGAUCAAAAUCUCGGGCACAAAGAAGCUCUCCCGCUUCCACACCCCCGCUGUCGUCCGCCUCAUCGCCGAGAGGGACCAGCACCGUGAAGCCCUCGCCGCCGCCUGCGACGCCGCCUUCUCCGCUCUCCUCCGCACGAUAGCAGACGCCUACCAACCUCUCCGCGAUGCCGUCUCCUCCCUCGCAACCCUCGACUGCCUCCUCUCCCUCUCCCGCGUCGCCGCCCUCCCGGGCUACAGCAAACCAACCUUCCUCCCCUCCACCACGAACAAACCCACAAUCUCCAUCGCCCAAGGCCGCCACCCCAUCGCAGAACACACCCUCUCAGAUCCCUACAUCCCCUUCACCACAACCCUCGCCUCCCCCUCCCCGCUGGCCCACCUUAUCACGGGCCCCAACAUGGGCGGCAAAUCCUCCUUCGUCCGCGCCGUCGCCCUCCUCGUCCUCCUAGCCCAGAUAGGCUCCUUCGUCCCCGCCGACGCUCUAUCACUAACCCUCACCGACGCAAUCCACGUCCGCAUGGGCGCCCGCGACAACCUCGCCGCCGGCGAAUCGACCUUCAUGGUCGAGGUCUCGGAGACGGCGCGCAUCCUCCGCGCCGCCACCCCGCGCUCCCUCGUCAUCCUCGACGAGUUGGGUAGAGGCACCUCCACCCACGACGGCGCCGCCAUCGCCCACGCCGUCCUCGAUCACGUAGUCCGCGAGAACAGGUGUCUCACCCUCUUCAUCACGCACUACCAGAAUCUCGCCCGCCUAGCCGAGGGCAUAGGCGAAGGCCUCGUCAAGAACGUCCACAUGCGCUUCACCGCCGCCCGCAGAGCCGGGGCUAGGGCGGAGGAAGGCGACGUCGAUGCGGAUGAUGAUGAGGCGGGUGCUGACGAAGAAAUAACGUUCCUGUAUGAAGUUGGAGAGGGUGUUGCGCACAGAUCGUAUGGACUAAACGUGGCUCGUUUGGCUCGCAUACCCCGCAAGGUCAUUGAUGUUGCCUCGCAGAGGUCGCGCGAGAUGGAACAGGAUGUAAAAAUCCGGAGGUUAAGGGGCACCGCUCGUCUUCUCACCGAAGUCCUUGAGACGAACCCCGACCAGCUUGAUCAUUUGAUCUCAAACAUUGAGCAAUUGUAG